AUGAAGUGGCUUGUUUUAUUAUAUCACCUGUCCGGGGCCUUGGCUGGGAAAGGGAAGCCACCGGUGUCACCGGAUGAACUUGCUUCCAAAAUUCAACUCGAAGACCUGCUGAAGGGGACCCAACGGCUUGAAGAUAUUGCUUAUUCGCACCCCGAGCGUAACCGUGUGUUCGGCAGUGCGGCACAUAACGACACAGUUGACUUUCUCUAUCAUGAGUUGAAGAAGACUGGCUAUUACCAUGUGUGGAAGCAGCCACAGGUUCAUACAUGGACCAAGGCAGAGUCCUCUCUGACAUUCAACGGCGACUCUAUCGAAGUGGCUGCGAUGACAUACAGCCCUAGCGUUGACGUUACUGCGGAGCUGGCAGUGGUCUCAAAUCUUGGAUGCAGCGCAGCAGAUUACCCAAGCGAAUUGGCUGGAAAGAUCGCCCUGAUUAAGCGUGGAGAAUGUUCGUUUGCUGAGAAGUCGGUCCUUGCCGCCGCAUCCAAUGCAGCCGCCGCGCUUGUCUAUAACAAUGUUCCCGGACCUCUCAGCGGAACGCUCGGCGGAGUGACCCCUGAUCAUGGAUCCUUUGCCGCAAUUGCUGGAAUUUCUGACACAGCUGGAAAAACCCUCCUCGAUGCCGCAUCAAACAGCGCUGCGGCUGUAUCUCUAGCGAUUGACAGCCAAAUCGAGAAUCGCACCACAUUCAACGUGAUCGCGGAGACUAAAGGGGGUGAUCAUAAUAAUGUCGUGGCACUAGGAGGCCACACCGACUCGGUCGAAGCUGGCCCGGGCAUCAAUGAUGAUGGCUCUGGAAUCAUCGGCAAUCUCGUGGUAGCAAGAGCGUUAACUCGAUUUUCCGUCAAAAAUGCGGUCAGGUUCUGCUUCUGGACGGGUGAAGAGUUUGGCUUAUUGGGUAGUGAAUUUUACACAUCCAACCUCGACGCCGAGGAGCUAGCAAAGAUCAGACUUUACCUCAAUUUCGAUAUGAUCGCCUCACCGAACUAUGCGCUCAUGAUCUACGAUGGAGACGGAAGUGCCUUCAAUCAAACUGGCCCGCCUGGCUCUGCUCAAAUUGAGGCUCUCUUUGAAGACUACUUUACUUCCAAGCAUCUCCCAUAUAUUGCAACUGCUUUUGAUGGUCGCUCAGACUACGACGGGUUCAUCUCUCGUGGAAUCCCCGCAGGUGGCCUUUUCACUGGUGCUGAAGGCAUUAAGACUGACGAAGAGGCCAAAUUGUUUGGAGGCCAAGCAAAUGUAGCAUAUGAUACUAAUUACCACGCUGCUGGAGACAACGUCACUAAUCUUAACCACGAAGCAUUCCUGAUCAACUCGAGAGCGACAGCCUUUGCCGUUGCAACGUACGCCAAAAGCCUCACAUCAAUCCCUCCACAUAACGCGACAGUUGCUCGACGAGAUGUGAAAAAGCGCGCACCACGGUCCCAUUCUCACAUUAAGAAUACCGGGUGCUUCCAUUCUCUGGUUGAAAUCUAA